CCGCGCAGUCCCCGGAUGUUAGCUAUUCAGAGAGAAAGGCGAACGAACGAGAGAGAGGCGGAGAAGCUAGGAGACGCAACGGACAAACCGGUAAAGGGAUUGCGGGUCUCAAACCCACGAUAAACACGGAGAGCUGAGGCUCAUUUCGAGGCGAGAGAGGGAGCUGUGAUCGAAAAAAGGAAGGGGAGGGGACGGCUAACUUUGACAGACCUGCACUGGCCUCCAGUAGCGGACACGAGCCUGGGUUUCGUUUUUGAGUGACGCUGACAAAAACAGUGAUCUGAGGGAGCCCCUUCAUUCUCACCGCAACGGAUCGUCACCCCUCCUUCGCCGCAGCCGCCGACACUCGACCUGCCACCAUGACGUCGGAGCUGGAGAGCAGCUUGACCUCCAUGGACUGGCUGCCGCAGCUGACCAUGCGGGCGGCCAUUCAGAAAGCAGACGCCCAGAACGCUCACGGGCCGGGCAUGGCUAAGAAGAGCGCCCUGCUGGACCCCAACACCACACUGGACCAGGAAGAGGUGCAGCAGCACAAGGACGGCAAACCGCCGUACAGCUACGCCAGUCUCAUCACGUUCGCCAUCAACAGCUCGCCAAAGAAGAAAAUGACACUGAGCGAGAUCUACCAGUGGAUCUGUGACAAUUUCCCCUAUUACAGGGAAGCCGGCAGCGGGUGGAAGAACUCAAUACGGCACAAUCUCUCGUUGAACAAGUGUUUUCUUAAAGUGCCUCGCUCCAAAGAUGACCCGGGAAAGGGUUCUUACUGGGCAAUCGACACAAAUCCAAAGGAGGACACGCUGCCCACACGACCCAAGAAGAGGCCACGGUCUGGAGAGCGGGCAUCUACUCCAUACAGCCUGGAGUCGGAUAACUUAGGAAUGGACUGCAUCAUCUCUGGAAGUGCCUCUCCAACGCUGGCAAUCAACACUGUGACUAACAAGGUGGCAUUGUACAACCCUGACCAGGACGGGAGUGACAGCCCUCGAAGCAGCCUUAACAAUAGCCUAUCUGAUCAGAGUCUGGCCUCUGUUAAUCUCAACAGCGUGGGCAGCGUGCACAGCUACACACCGGUGACGAGUCAUCCAGAGCCGGUGUCCCAGUCCAUGGGCUUGCAGCAGGCCCCUCAGGCCCAGUACAGCAUACCGGACCGCGACAAGCAGCUGCUCUUCUCCGACUUCGAAGAUCUCAGUGCCUCCUUCCGCAGCCUUUACAAGACUGUGUUUGAGCAGUCCUACAACCAACCGGAUCUGAUGGGUAUGCCCUCGGAGUCGUCCCAGCAGACCCACACCUCCUGCUCUUACCAACACUCCCCCAGCAGCACCAUCAGCACCCACCCUCACAACAACCAGAACAGCAUCCCUAACUCUCACCCCAACAACAUCCCCAACAGCGGUAGCCAGGUGCCUCUCUCCCACCCCCCUCACUCGGCCCACAACUCACCCCACGGACAGCACCUCUCCCAGCAUGGCCCUCACACCCAGCACAGCCAGCACGGCCCUCACACCCAGCACAGCCAGCACCCGCACACGGCGCAUAGCCAGCACAGCCAACAUCCCCAACACAGCCAACAUCCCCAGCACAGCCAACACAGCCAGCACGGGCAGCAUCCCUCCCAGCACCAGGCCCACGGCCAGCACACGGCGCAGCAACAGCAGCAGCAGCACCAGAAUCUCUCCCACCAGCCUCAUCCUGCCCAGCAACAGAUGCAGUGCAACACCGGUCUUCCCAGUGACUGGUACCCCAACCUGGAUGCGCUGAAAGAAAGCUGCCGCAUCGCCAGCAGCUACAACUGGGCUGAUGUGGAUCUGUCACCUUUCCAAGGUUUGAAAGAGAGUAUGAGGCAGGCAGAGCUGAAUAACUGGUCUCUCGAGCCCACUCAGAUGGCAGACCUCUGCUCCUCCAUCAAUCAGUUCUUUGCUCGCACUGGAAUCCAGCCACAGGGGGCAGUGCAGCCUCCGGUGUGCCACGGCUCCAUGCAUCCAAACAAGCCCAGCCCACACAUCAACACAGUUUGUUUUUCAGGAAACAUGUACAUGGACUCAAGACAGAGCUUGAGUUCUAUGAUGGGUCCGCCGGGAUAUCCUCAUAUGCCGCCCAUGAGCAGCGCUGGCCCCACUAUGACAGGCCAUCACGCUCAGAUGAACCAGCAGCAUAUGAUGCCUGCUGGAAACUUCCAGAUGCGCCGCAUGCCCGCCGAUGACAUCCAGGACGACUUUGACUGGGACUCCAUCGUCUAACCCAGUCCCAGAUGGCAAAAGAGUGGUGCAGACAAAACGAGAGAGGAGCGUAUGGAGGCAGAGUGUUUGUGUUACAGAGCAAGAGGGCUGGACCUGAGGUGUCUGCAUGCCCGUGACAGAAGGCAGAUUGGAACGGGACACUUGAAAAAUAGUGCAGGUGUUGUUCAUUAUGACCUGAAAGAGACUCCUGUGUUCCUGGUGUUUUUAUGAAACAAAAACAAACAAAAAAAAAAGAUAUUACUUUGAAGACAAUCACAUUUACUAGGACAUUUAAGUGAUCGCUUUUAUACUUGUCCAAGGGGCAAGUGGUUCAUGUUUAUGUCAAAUGUCUCCCAACCCACAGCCUUUCUACAAGCCCGCUCAAUUGCCAAGCUUGCCCCUGCUCUUCAACUGUUGUUCUGUGCUUUUUCCAGUAAUAUGUCUGGCUUGUUCUCCCCUCUCAUGGUGACUAACUCAGGCCUUGACUGCCUGUCAGACAAGAUUGGCUCCCUCAUUUGUGUUGUGAAACUUCCUCUGAGAUGCAGGGCGCUUUUCGGAAGAGGGCCGAUGGUGCAGGUAAAGUGACACUCAAAGCACCUACCGUUGUUCUCUCUGGUCUUUCAGGCACAAGUAGCCCCUCUUUUUUUUUUUUUUUUUUUUUUGCUCCUCUGACCCCACACACUGUAACAC